AUGACGAUGGUUUCCAACAUCAAGGUGGACGAAGUGGUGGAUUUCGAGAUCAUGGAAGUAGAGGUGGUGGAUUUCAAGAACAGGUUAGGUGGGGCGGUGCCUUCGAGGAUUGCAGAAGUCGAGCCGGUGUAUCCCGAGAAUUAUUGUGAAGGCCUUGGUGCUGACUCUCAGCAACAGGAUGGACUGGGCGGUGGCUUUUAUGAUCGUGGUAGCAGGGGCGGUGGUUUUCGGGAUCGUGGAGCUGGAGGUGGUGAUUUCCGGGGUAGUGGAGGCACUUGGCAACUGACUUUUCCUACGCCGUCCCCCUCAGCGAGUUCAAUGUCUCUAAGCGUGGCAGGUGAUGAUGCAUCACAUCAGCAGAUUGGUACUGCGUCGCCAGGUGAUUCUGGUGAAUUAGAAAUAGCUGCCGAGUCAAGUGCCUCUGCUCCUGUGGUGCUGGAAGAAGCUGAUUUACCAAUGGCCAAACGGAGAAAGAAUAAAGCUCGGAAGGCCAAGAAGUCGGGAGCGGUACUGUAA